AUGUCUUCGCACCACUGCAUUUCAGGACCAAUUCACGUGUAUCCGGGCCUCGUAAACAAGGCUGCUCCGGGAGUCUCCUACUACACGCCCCUGCAGUCCCCACCCGCCGGCACAGCACUCGCCCGCGAUGGCAAGCCCAUCCCGAAGCUCUUCAAGCCGCUGCAGAUCCGGGGACUGACACUGCAGAACCGCAUCAUGCUGUCACCGCUAUGCCAGUACAGCGCGGCAGACGGGCACAUGUCGGACUGGCACUUCGCGCACCUGGGCGGCAUCAUCAAGCGCGGGCCCGGCAUGGCCUUCUGCGAGGCGACGUCGGUGGUUCCCGAGGGGCGCAUCACGCCUGAAGACGCCGGCUUGUGGCAGGACAGCCAGAUCGAGCCGAUGCGGCGCAUCGUCGAGUUCGUGCACUCGCAGGGCCAGCACAUCGGUGUUCAACUGGGGCAUGCGGGAAGGAAAGCGAGCACGGUGGCGCCGUGGUUGAGCAGUGGUGAUAUCGCGACGGAGGAGUUGCAUGGAUGGCCCACCAACGUCUACGCGCCGUCUGCCAUCCCCUACAACGAGCGGCAUGCGUCGCCCAAAGAGAUGACGAAGGAGGACAUCCAGAACCUUAAGGACGCCUGGCUGGCGGCCGUCAAGCGCGCUCUCACCGCCGGCUUCGAUGCCAUUGAGAUCCACAACGCGCACGGCUACCUGCUCCACGGAUUCCUGUCGCCUGUCAGCAACAAGCGCACCGACGAGUACGGCGGCUCCUUCGAGAACCGCAUCCGGCUGACGCUGGAGAUCGUCGACCUGAUUCGUGCUAACAUCCCAGACACUAUGCCGCUCUUCCUGCGCGUCAGCUCGACCGACUGGCUCGAGCAGGUCGAAGGGUUCGGCCCGGAGAACAGCUGGACCGUCGACGACACGGUGCGCUUGGCCGACAUCGUUGCUGAUCGCGGCGUCGACUUGAUCGACAUUUCCUCCGGUGGUACUCACCCGCAGCAGAAGAUCAUUGGCGGCCCGGCGUACCAGUCGCCCGCCGCGAAGAAGGUCAAGGCCAAGGUCGGCGACCGGCUGCUCGUUGGUACCGUCGGCGCCAUUGCUGAUGCACACCUGGCCAAUGAUCUGCUUGAGGAGGGUGGUCUUGAUCUGGCGAUCGUGGGGCGCGGCUUCCUGAAGAAUCCAUUCUUGGUUUGGACGUGGGCGGAGGACUUGGACGUCGAGAUCAAUACUCCGAACCAGAUUCGUUGGGGCUUCCACGGGAGGGGAAAGCGUACGACGCACGAUCCCAAGACGGGCGGUGCAAAGUAA